UACGCAAUGACAGGGCAGCGCUGGAGGGACAUGUUCACCAUUCCCUUUGUGUCGGCUCCCAAUCUUGAACACAGCCUAUUGCCCAUCCAUCUCAUAAAACUUAGUCCUCCCACGACCUUCCAUUUCACCAACUCUACCAAUGCAAGGCGCUUCUCAGUGGCGACGAUGGCUCAGCAGAUUGCCUUCCUCGAUGGAUUAUUCGCCAACGAGCCGCUGGUCGAGUCGGGCGCUCCCAGUACGCCACAAUUCGAGUUGUUCGACGGCAACGAUGGAACUGCCUCUUCCUUGAACGAGCUGGACUGGCUGUUCGGCGAUGAUUCGGACGAAGUGACCCACAACGACGACGACGACGCGAAUCCCGACGACAACGAGGAUGCUGACAAUGCGAAUCCCGAUGAUGACGCAACGCCCUCCUUCACACAUGCUCCAACAGUCGCCGCGUUGCCGAAUCAACCCCAGCCUGCAGAUCACCUGCAACCACCUGCCAAGUCCGGACGAUCGCCUAAUCUGGAUGCUGAUGCCGCCUCGUCUGCAACUACCAUUCCGGAUCCCGCAUCGCCCACAGCGACCCAACUCACCCCAUCUUCUGAUCCCGUGGAAGACCCGUUCGGUUGGGCUUCCGUCGAAUUUGAAGACAUGGUCUUUGCGGAAUCCGACGAUGAAGAGAGCAGCAGCACGGCUGUCGCCGUCCCCAAGACUUUCAAAGAAGCGCUUCGAUCUGGCAACAGUGAGGCCGCAAUUGAAUUCCUCGCGACUGGCGCAGCAUCGCUCAAGCCCAGCUCGAGCCUGUUUGGGGCUUGUGUGCAUCCGUUGGAGGAGGUGGCCAAGGUUGGCUCGACACAACUGCUCCUGCGCCUGAUUGCGUUUGGUUGCCACUCGGCGAGGGCCGGUGCUGCUCCUUUGGCCCAAGCUGCGCUCGAGCCGAUUCGGGCAGACGAUCGAAUUGGUCGGCGCGAGGUCGGUCGCUUUCUCAACAAAGUUGGCUUGCAGAGUCUAGUGGCGUGGUGCGCUCGAUGGGGCCAAACAGAAACCGUGCGCGCGUUGCUCAGAGUGGUGCCAUUUGACCAGGCCGUGCGGCCUUCCACGUUUCGCAGCCGAACUGUUUUGCAGACGGCCGUCGUCAAGUCCAACCUGGCGUUGGUGCAAGUGCUUGCCAGUCAUUCCGAGCUGUUUGCGCACUUGCUCAAGAUUCGGGAUUGCGAGCAAAAGCAACCACUCAGCCCACUGCUCGCUGCAGUAGACACCUCGAAUUUCGACAUUGUCAAGUGUUUGGUGGAUCAUGGCGCCGACUGCCAUGAGCUGUGCUCGUCAACCACUCCGUUUCUCGCUGCCUGCAAAAAGGGUCUGCAACCAAUGGUGGAGCUGUUUAUCAAACAAAGCGGCUACCCAACGAUUGAUGCCCUCGACCCAUUCUCGCCUCGCGACCUGCCUCACACUCUUGCCAUCCAGUUCAAGCAUCAGGGCCUCAUUGCGCUGACGCUGAAACACGCCGCGCGGCUGCACCAACUGGAGGCCUUUGACGCUCUGCGCAAGACUGCCUUGCACUACGCAGUCACGACGAGAGACUUGAACCUUGUCAACCAGCUUUUGGACAUGGGUGUGUCGCCCAACGUUUGCGCGGGACCCGAGUUUGACGCACCAAUCUUCUUGGCGAUCGCGCAGCUUGGCCAACCCUCCAUUCCGGCCAAAGACCUCAAGACUUGCGAACAAAUUGCUCAAGCGCUUAUCGACCACCCAAAGUUUGAUGGGGCAGCCCGCUGCAAGAGCACUGUUGAAACGGUCGGUCUUGUUUCGUUCAUUUUGAUGCACCUGGAAGCUUUCCACCGACGCAGCAUCCGUGAUCGGCUGCUCGCGCGAGUGCUUUGCCAUCCUGACACCAACCUUGCACGCGCAAAUGCAACCGGCAGAACGGCGUUCCGAGACAUUGUUCUCGACGCCUGGAAGUCGGCAGGACCAGGAACUCUGAACACCGCGGACCAAGAAGAAGAAGAAGAAGAAGGCGUCGCCACUGCCGUUGCCGCAGUUUCGCAUGCGCUCACCCUUCCUGGAGGGAUUGCGGCGUGCAGCAUUCCACACAUGGUGAACGAGGACCUGCCAAUUCACGCCGUGGGAUACUACGAUUCCUUCACCGACGCGACUGCACUUGCGCUGGUUCGCCUGCUCGCACCACACACCCGGCUACUCCACCGGACAAGCUCCGGAAUCAACUUGCUUCACAUUUGCGCGAGACAAGGCUUUCCAAAGACGUUGGAAUUCAUCUGCAGAGCAGCACCCGCGGCCGAGCUGGCCGCUGUGAUUGACAACUACGGCGGUCGCGGUUUGUUGUGCACGCCGCUUUUGUUUGCCAUUGGCAUCUCGAGCAUUGAUUGUGUGAGAGUGCUGCUCCGCUUUGGCGCAAAUCCUUCCAUUCCAAACUCCAUCCUCGAUUGCGCUGUUCGGCGGGGCAACGCCGAAUUGGUGCAGUUUGCCAUUGAUUGGAAUGAGCAGCAAGGAUGGAUCUUUCCGCUUGAGUCCGCGCUCGCUCUGGCGUGUGGGCACGAACAAAAUAUGAUCCAGCCCGAGGUGACGGUGGCGCGGUUGAUUGCAUCAAGCGUUCGGGCUUUUGCCCAAACAGCAGACGAUGCAGGUGCCGCGACCACCGCCUUAGAGCUAGCGCUGCUGAUUCAAAAGGCUUGCAACACUGCCGUCACUGCUCGAGAAACCAACGACAGUCUCGAGCCAGACGAGGCGGAAUUGAUCAACCGGAACGACUCGCCCAGACCGUUCUCACGUGUCUUGGAAACCCUGCAAGCCUGUCUGCCACAGGAGUGGCUCGAUCCAGAGUUUGCCAACCUGCGGCUUUCCAGCGAGGUGUUUGGUGCUCUGCUACAACACUUGCGUGAGACGUUCCUGCCCGCCACUCCCGAAGGAGGCUCCGUCAACGCAGAGCACAUUGCUGUUGCUGCUUGCUCGGACAAGCAGCUGGACGUGUUGCUCUUCUUUGGCAUUUCGAAUGGAGCCGACUGCAUUGAAGUGACGCCGGCGCAGGGUCUCGCGUUGAAUUUGCGAAAUUCCGCUGAACUGAUGGGUACCAUUCACAUGGCGGUGUGCGGAAGGCCCCGCGAGACGCCCGACAUGCUUGAGCGCGUGCGCGCUAUGGUAAAUCGGCUGUUGCUGCACGGGGCAAGCCUCCAUCAGGUCUGCUCAGGAUCGAGCGCCAACGUGCUGCAUUUCGCCGUGCGUCACGAAAGCGCCGCGGUCCUCAAAUUUGUGCUCUCUCUUUUGGAGCAUGAUCCCAUCGGGCGUGGCCGCCUGCUUGAAGGGCGAGAUCACUUGGACGACACGCCGUUCCUGGUAGCGGCGGCCUACGAUUCGACGCAAUGCUUGGAAACGCUGGCUGAGCUUGGCGUCGAUGUGCACGCGAUUUCGAGCAUCCGCAAGAUGAAUGCCGUUUGCACCAGCAUCGGCGCUAGCUCUGACGCGUCCGUCUGGGAAUGGCUCUUGAAUCGAGGAGUCGCAGUCGACACGGUGGUUGAAGGCGUUUGCGUCUGCUCUUCGCUGCACACCCUGCUCGAUCGGAAUCACUUUGAUUCGGAGGUCUCGCGGUUGCUCGAACACCAUCCUUACCUGAAUGCGCGAAACCGCACGGGCCAGACGCCGCUCAUGGCCACCAUGACUCGUUCGUAUCGCGCCAUUUCGUUUCUGCGGCACGUUCGCGCACACUAUCGAACCGCGGGAUUGUGCUACAUUCGCUCCUUGUUUGAAGACGACGAGAGCGAUACUCCUGCGGUGUCUACCGUCCGUGAAGGGGUCGUUGUGCCUCUCAGGCGCGCGGACUGUUUGGAUGUCAACUGUGUCGAUGGCGGUGGAUGGACGUUCCUCCACCAUUUCGUGAUGUCGGACGACGGCGAGGAUGUUGCCAAGGUGUUGGAGUAUGCAAACUUCGAUGUGAACGCCACGACGCAAGAUCCACACUGCUCGACUCCCUUGCACCUGGCUGCCCAGCGCGAGGACACUUGGUGGGAACGGACACUGUCCAAGUGGGUGGCACUCGGAUUCGAUCUUCACGCCCGCGAUGCGCAUGGCAAGACUCCCGCCAUGUACGCGUGCAAAUCCAUCCAGUCGAUUGUUCGCUUUCAUCAAGCAGGGGCACGGUUGUAUGAUGUGGACCAAAAUGGCGACACGCUUCUGCAUUUCAUGUAUGCGCAAAAGGCAUCUUGCAAGGACAUCCAAGACGCCAUCACUGGCACGUAUCUGCCCAUUGGCUUGAAUCCACACACGCGCAACAAGGCCGGAUUCAAUGCUGUUGGAUCCUGUGUCCAGUUCAUGUUCGAUGUCCACGACAAUAAUGCAGCGCAGAUGGAGAAAGCGCACGUGCAUUUGAAGUGGUUGCUCAGCGCCAUCGGAUGUAAACCCGAGUGAUGUUUGUGUCGUGUGUUCAAAGAAAUUGUCACCAAAUACCACUGUUGUCUAUUUGUUU